AUGCAGGCUCGCAAGCCCAACCUGUACCCAACAUGCUGGCCCCUUUCAGAUGCGGAUCAUGUACGAGGAUUCUCCUCGAUCGGUGGAGCUCGAGCCGCGCACAGCGGUAGUCCUGCUCCCGAUCGCGACGAGAACCCGACGUGGAACGUGUCGGAUCUCCUCUGCGGCAUCACUCCUACGAGCAUGUUGACUGAAUGGUCCUCGGUCUUCCGGACCCCAAUGUCCAUCGCCAAGACGGUCCUGCACAUGUUUGUUGGCUACCUGGAGACGCUGGCCUCGGAGCUGAUCUAG